AUGGAUGAACCAGAAGUAGACUCCAUUGUUGAAGCAAGGAAAGAGCUCAUGAUUCCAUCCAAUGGAAAUGACCCAAUUCUCAAAACAGCCCAUUUUCUCAAACCAACUGUAACCUCCAUUAAAGAUCCUUCCUUUAAGGUCCUCCACCGCAGAGACACCCUUCGUCACUCUUCGAUCACCAAUUCGAAAUGGGGGAGCUUGCCAUUCGAGGUGGCAUUCAAUGGGUGGCUUUUCCCUCAAGAAAACUGGAAAACGUGGGUCGAACGGUUAAGCUUCCAGCACAGAACCAUAUGGGAGAAAGCUGGAAUCUUUGAUGCGAUUAUGGGGUCUACGUACAAAAUCAAUAAAUACCCAGAAGUGGUUUUGGAGCUAGCAAAGAAUUGGUGCCCUGCGACCAACACUUUCUUGUUCCUUUGGGCUGAAGCAACCGUGACAUUAGAAGAUAUGGCUCUUUGUGGGGGUUACUCAGUUCUCGGUUGCCCUGUUUUCAGUCCUCCUGAAACUUUUCUCACUCUUCUCGAGUCAUCACGUAUGACAGAAACGGAGGAAAAGCUUAAUGAAGCUCGUUUGGAAAUCGUCAGAUCGAAAGCUAAGAAAGCCUGUCAACUUGCAUGGAUGAGGCGUUUCAUGGAGGAAGAGAACGAUUUGGAGCAUGUGGCUUUUCUUUCUCUAUGGCUAUCGAGGUUUGUUUUUCCUGGUCCUUCUCGAACUACCAUAUUGAAACACCUUUUCCCACUUGCGAUUCGUCUAGCUAAAGGAACUAGAGUCGCUCUGGCUCCUGCUGUUUUGGCUACUAUAUAUAGGGAUUUUACUUUGUUGAAAAGAAAAAUGGUUGGUUCGAGUGAGCCCGAGGGAGAACUCACUCUCUGGGCUCCUUUUCAACUAGUCCUUGUUUGGGUUUGGGAGAGGUUUUUAAUGUUUAAGCCAAAACGAAAUGUGGUUCAAGUUGGUGAGCCAAGGUUGGCUCAAUGGCAUAAGGUGAAAAAAUCAGAACAGCCUGCUUUUGAUUCUGCUGGAGGGUCCUUUUCAUGGCGUCCAUAUGCCACAACAAUGGAUAGUAACUGUGCGCUAAGCCAGUUUUAUAGAGAAAAAGCUGAGUGGCUUUUAGUUGAUUCUGAUUCGAACGAACAACUAGUGUCACUUGUUAAGUGUUUGAGGCCAACUGAGUUGGUGGGAGUAGCGUCUACUGGUGUCUAUUGUAUUGAGCAGUAUCUUCCACAUCGUGUAGCUAGGCAGUUUGGCAUGGAUCAAGAUUUACCAGGUAAUGUUGUUCGGUUCAACAAGACUACUCAUACUACUGCUUGGAAAGAAUAUAAUAAGCCAAUUGGCUCUGUGAAUCUGUAUAUUCCAUCUAAGUUUUUCAAUCCAGAUGUUACCUUAAGAUACUUUAAGUGGUGGGAUGAUCUAUCAAAACUCGGUGACGGUGAAGAUGAAGUGAAGAAGAGUGUUGGAAGGCAAAGUGAAUGGAGAGAAGAGAAUCAUCUGUCUUGUCCUCCUGGUUUUCCUCCCAAGUCUGGUAAUGUCAAAAGUAGAGAACCUUAUUCAGAAGACCAGGUAACACUAAAGGAAAUGUUUAAAACUGUAGAUAUUGAUGAAAAUGCUACUAAUGGUGGAGAGAUUCCAAGGGAUGAUGACCCUUUGUUGGUUACUAAAAAGAUGGGACAAGUUGAGGAAAUUAUGCCGAGGCCAAUUGCUACUGUGGUGGAGGUGACUGCCUUGGAGGAAAAUAAGAAAACUGGAGAAGAAAUAGUAAUGGAGAAAGGAGAAAUCAAUGCACGUUCUGGGUUUGAUUUAGAUCAAGCAAAAGCACUUGAAGAUCGGGUUAGCAAGCUUGAAAACAUGAUUGAUGAGAUAAAAAAAGAAAGAGCUAACAAGUUUUGUGGUAAAGGCUAA